UACUGUCGGCACUGUCGCGGUACACGCCACGUUGGAAGAGACUUGACUUGACGGGUCGUUGCAUCUUACCGGAUCGUUGUCUCUACCUUCCCCGGAGGAACUUCUUUCCGUUUACGGCUGCCCAAACACGAGCCACAAGAUGAAAGUCAAGGAGUUGCUGAAGACGGUGAACGUGGCAUGGUCCCCGUCAGCUCAGCAUCCCAUCAUGUUGGCUGCUGGGACUGCGGCGCAGCAAUUGGACGCCAGUUUCAGCACAUCUGCCAGUUUAGAUCUGUACUCGCUGAAUCUACAACAACCAGGAUACGAAAUGGAGCUGCAUGCCAGUGUCCCUAGCGAUCAUAGAUUUCACAAAAUUAUCUGGGAAUCCUAUGGAAAUAAUCCAGCAGGCAUAAUUGUUGGUGGUUGCGAAGAUGGGACCAUAAGAAUUUAUUCUGCUGCAAAAUUGUUGGCCAGAGACAGUAAUUGCUUGAUAAACAGUCCACACAGACACUCUGGUCCUGUCAGGGCCAUGGAUUUUAACUCGUUUCGAGAAGAAAAUCAACUGGCUACAGGUGCAACAGAAGGUGAAAUCUAUAUUUGGGAUAUUAAUACGAAUAUACCAACAACCCUUUCUGCCAGAAACCAACAGUCGGAAGACGUUCAGCAUAUUGCCUGGAACAAGCAAGGACAUUUAAAAGAUAUUCUUGCUUCGACAUUUUCACAAUGUUGCGUUAUAUGGAAUGUGAAAGAGAAGAAACCAAUAUUCAAAUUGACAGAUGCAAAUUCGAGGGUACGCUGGAAAGUUGCCCAGUGGCAUCCAGAUAUUGGAACGCAAUUGUGCUUGGCAUCUGAAGAUGAUCAAACACCCAUCAUCGAAUUAUGGGACGUGAGAGUUCCAACGUCACCUUUGAAAACUCUACAAGGUCAUCAGCGUGGUGUUCUUUCGAUUGCAUGGAAUCCACAGGAUGCUGAUUUACUUUUAAGUUGCGCCAAGGAUAAUAGAAUCUUGUGCUGGAAUCCCAACUCAAAUGCAUUGAAUGGUGAGGUGAUAUGUGAGUUAGCUCAAACGGCUCAGUGGAAUUUUGACGUAUCUUGGUGCCCAAGAAACCCAGGAUUAAUUGUUGGCAGUAGUUUCGACGGACAUGCUGUUGUAUAUUCUUUAUUAGGUGGACAAAGUCAAGAAACAUCUAACAAAAUAGGGGAUUCAUUCCCAGGAAUGGAUCCUUUUACUCAAUCUACAGUACAAACGAGAACGACAGCAGUAUUAACAAAAGCUCCUAAAUGGUUAAAAAGACCAUUUGGAGCAUCAUUUGGAUUUGGUGGUAAAUUAGUGAUUUUCGAGAAUCAGCCUGCCGAUCCGAAUUUAGCGAACAAGAAAGCGAAUACUAAAGUUACUAUAUCACAAGUAAUUAUACAACCCAGUCUUAUUCAACGUUCCAACAAAUUAAAAGCAACACUGGAAACUGAGCAAUUCAGUGACUUUUGUAACGAAAAGAUGGAUAAAUCUCCAGAUGAACAUACCAAGAAAGUCUGGAGAUGUGUACGUGCUUAUUUUGACGAAAACGUAACAAAGAGUAUAUUGGAGAUAUUGGGUUACAACACCGAAGCAAUGAACAAUAAGCUGAAUCAGUUUGUGCCUCAGGAUGAUAUAAAUAAUAUCGUAGAAGGUGUUUCUAAUCUUAGCAAUGUAUUAAAUGGAAAUGUUAUUGUCGGCAAUACUGCAUUUGAUACACAAGAGCAAAGCAAAAAAAUAUUAUCAAAUACAUCUGCAGAUAGUACUUAUAUUAUAAAUACUUCUGAUGAUGAAGAUGGUCUUAUUACUCAAGCCAUUCUCUUAGGAAAUAUUGAGGCUGCUGUUUCUUUAUGUUUUGCUAGUAAGAGAUACGCCGACGCUAUAAUUCUUUCGAUGGCCGCUGGUCCUGACUUACUAGCACGUACCCAAUACAAAUAUUUUUUAGAGCACUCUAGUGCAUUAAAUUCUCUCAUCAGUUCACUAGUUAGUGAAAAUUGGGCAGAGGUUGUUAAGAACAGUGAUAUAAAGUGCUGGAAAGAAGCGCUAGUUGGUAUAUUUACACAUUCCAAUUCACAGGAACGAUCUGCUUUGUGUGAUAUGCUUGGUGAUCGCUUGUGUGAAAGUCCCAUUCUUAAAAAGCAAGCACAGAUUUGUUACAUUUGCUCUGGCAAUUUGAAUAAAUUGAUCGAAGUGUCUAAUGCUGAUAUUCAAGAAGUAGUGGAACUGAUUGUGAUAAUGCAGAAAGCUUUGGAAUUCCAAGGUAUCAGGGAAAUUCAGAUAGAUGAUAAAAUUGUCACCGUGCUGUCACAGUAUGCUGAGAUGCUGGCGGCAGAGGGCGAUUUAGAAGCUGCCUUAAAUUAUCUCGGAAACAGUCAGGAUCAAAAAAUUUCAAUGCUAAGGGAUCGUUUGUGUAAAGCUUUAAGUUACAUGCAAGAUCAAAGACAUGUUACAACGAAACCUACAGCUCAGAAUUAUUAUUAUGAACAGACACAGAGAGUGUCGCAAGGCCCAUGCAAUCCGCCACAGCAACCAUUACAGCAAACAACACCUGUACAAAACUGGAACACAACUCCACUGAAACAAACUUAUGGAGCUCCGACAAAUCAGUUUAACGCUCAGUCUCAGUUAUAUGGAAUGCCUCCUCCCCCUCAGCCUCAAGCGCAGUCUACAAUUUAUAAUCAAUAUCCUACAUCACAUCCGUACAAUCAGAUCCCAGUACCACAGGCUGCAGCUCCUCCGCCGCCUCCACCGACAUCCAGUUCCAAUUUGAGUGGCUCAAGACCAUCCAGUGUCGGGCCACAAUCAAGAACGAAGUAUUUAGUAGAUCCGUCUGUAAAAUCCAUUCCGUCAUACAGUCAAAGUACCUUCCCGCCGCCAAAUCCGUUGUACAAUUCUCAGCAAAUUCCACCUGUCCCUGAUACUGGCUACUCUCCGCUAAAUUCGUAUCCUCAAGUUCCCAUACCGGGCAAUGUUUAUCCCAAUCAACCGCCAAGUUUUAUGCAUAAUCCUAAAGAAACAGAACCAUACAAGCCACUUCAACCAAGCAUAAUGACGCCGUUGCAAAAUGUCUCACAAACCCAAAUGUACGAACCUAUUAGAUCUCAACCUACUCUGCAAACGCAAACGACAUACGGAGGCGAAAAUAUGUAUCAAUUACCACCGCAAUCGUCUGGAUGGAAUGAUCCGCCCAUUGCAAAAAGCUCCAGAGCACAGCCAGUACUGGCACUAUACAACGAAAUGUCUGCGGAACAUUCUGGUACUAGGAAGUGGAAGGCAAAACAUUCAAAGGGUGUAGACGUUAAGUCAAAGACAGAUUAUCAAGCACAAAAUCCAAUAAUGCAUCCAUUGCAAACUAAUCCAUCGAGUGUACCAGAACCGGGUCCAUUACCUCAGGACAAUGUUUAUCAAGAGUCUCCCGCACUUUAUAAUCCGCAAUUCAGGCAAGGUGUGCCAAAUACUGUACCGCUUAACAAACCAAUUGAACCAUUGCAACCUGUAAUGCCUGCAAAAGUGGCGGAACCUGAGAAACCUAAAGCACCUAUACCCGAACAACACGUACAUUUAAAAACGAUAUUGGAUGAAUUGAAAAAUCAAUGCUAUGAAAAUGCAAAGAAUCCACAAAUCAAAAGAAAAAUAGAAGAUGUAUCAAAAAAACUAGAAGUACUCUAUGAUUGCCUUAGAGAAAAUAAGUUGUCUCAGAAUACUUUGCAAAUGUUACAUCAAAUAUCACAGAUGAUUCAAAACGGUAACUACACAGGAGGAUUAGACUUGCACACACAAUUAGUAUCAGGACCAGAUUUUAGUCAAAUAGCUUCCUUCAUGCCCGGAAUUAAAGUAUUACUUCUAAGUGCCCUUCAAUUGAGUGUUUAUAUUAGAUAGAUUGUCAAAAAAUCGAAAUUGUUCAAUUCAUAUAUUCAUUAUGAAUUUUUAUAAUUCUAAACAGCCUUAAUGAGAGGAUUGUUUGUUAUAAUAACUUUGUAUAAUCAAUAGCAAAUAAUAAUUAUAUCAUGCAGUUAUCUAUAAUUGCGCAGUAUUUGUUAAUUGAAUUUUAUAUAUCUUGCUUUGAAAAUUAUAUUUUAAUACUUAUCAAGAUAAUUUUAUAUUAUUUUGUUAGUUAUUAAUUCUAUUGUUAAAGAUUUAUAUAUGUAAGGAAAUGGAAUA